AUGGAAUUGAUCGAUAUUCUUUUUCUGUCGUUUUGCUCGAAAAAAUUGAAAAAAUCGAUAGAAUCAUCUAUACAAUCGAGACUUGAUAAGAUCAUUUCAAUCACAUACUGCUCCUCAAAACCAGCUAAUAUUAGUAUUUCAUCUUCUAACAGUAAUAACAAGGAUUUUAUGAAAUUGGUACCAAGAGAAGAAGGUAGAAACCGGCCUAUCGUUCAAAUGAAUCUGUUUGGAGUAGAUGUGGACUGUUGCAUGGCAACUAGGAAUCACCCAUUCUUUAUACUAUGCAAUCAACAAGACAUAGAGCAAAUGUUACAGACCAUCCACAAUUAUUUCAGACAAUUUUUCGGAUCAUCUAUUGAGUAUCAUUUAGAACAUGGUUCCUUUAACAAUGUACCAAGACUGGAGAAUAUCAGGAAUAGUAUUCUUUAUUUGUCGAAUGAAGAAGCAGCUGCACAAUUGUUGGAUGAGUACUUAACUCUCUCACCCUCACAGGAACAUAUUCGAUUGUAUGGACACAGAGGUUUUGAAUACGAGAAUAAUCUGAAACUGGCUCAGGCCAAAGUACUCGAUAUAAUGACCUUUGGCAGUAGAGUUGGAGGGCUUUUGAAGAAUUUUACUGGACGACAACUGUUUAUAAGUGGUGCAAUACUCACAGAUGAUGAUGUCAUUCAGUUUCUGAACAGUUGGAAAUCGAGUCAAACAUUACAAAAUUUGGAGUACUUGACUAUAUAUCGCGAGACAGGAAUUUUUCAGGAUUUAGGAAUUGAUCUAAAUCCAGAGAAAAUAAGGAGAAAUGUUGAUGUAAAACGAUUUGAUCCGAAUCAGAAGAUGCCGAUUUUUCGUUAUGACCGCAGAAGAAUCGGAUUGUAUAAAUGCGAAUCAUGGCAAAUCGAGGAAUUCAGUAGUCCACAUUUUAUAGUUCGAGAUGCUGAUCAACACGUGGCAUCACUUGAAAUCACAACACGAGGAAUCCAAUUUGCUUCAUGGAAAAUGACAGAAGAAGAGGUUAUGAGAGGAAGAAUUCAGAAGACUUUCCAGAGAACACCAGUACAAGAAGUAUCCCCUCCCAGAGAUUCCAUCAAAAUUUCAAAAUUUUCAUGGCUGAUUCAACGAGAGAUUUUGUCAAGCAUGGAGUUGAGUGAUCUGUUGAUGAUAGCUUCUUGUUCUCAGAAAUUCCAUCAAUAUAUGAAAUCAUUGAUGAGAAGUCGUUUUGACAAGAUACUCACAAUCACUUAUGAUUCGAGAGCGCCGUCGCCCAUCAAUAUCUCAUCAUCUAGUAGUGGAGACCUUCCAUUUAUGAGUAUCAAUCGGGAUCAUGAUUUCAGAGGUCGUCCACUUAUCCCAAUGAAUUUAGUCGGAAUGGAUUUACAAGUUAGUAUGCCAACCAGAAAUCACCCACUUAUGGUACUAACCGAUUUGGACCAGGAAGAAACACUCGUUACAUCUAUUCACGAUUACUUCCUUGACUUCUUUGGUUCAUCCAUCAAAUAUCAGUUAAAUGUUGACUUCCUGAUGUCACCAUUUUCAAAACUGAAAAAUAUCACUUGUACAUAUUUAUCCAGUUACCUAGCAGCUGAUUUUCCCGAUUUUUUGAAAAUCUCUCCUAAUCAGGAUUUUAUCGGACUGUCUGAGUUGGGAAGGCCUUCGCUUGGAAGAAAUUUGGAAUUUGCUAGAACGAAAGUGUUAGAUAUUGGUGAAUCAUAUGGCUUCACAGAAGACAUUUUAUCCAAUUUCGAAGGUAGACAGUUGUUUAUUGAUAAUGGAAUUAUAAGCGAUGCAGCUAUCAUUCAGUUUUUGAACAAGUGGAGAUCAAGUGAAGGAUAUCAGAAUUUGGAGUAUUUGACUAUUUCUGUCUCUCCAUUUGAACAUCCUCUCAAUCCGAAUGAAAUCAUGAAUAGUAUUCCAAUCCAUCGACUGUACUCAUCUGAUAAACUGCCAGUUUAUCAAGUUGCUAAAAAAGAUCACUAUCGGAAACGUACAUGGGGAAUUCACAAGUUCAGCAGUCCAAAUUACAUUGUUCGAGAUUCGGAUCAAAACGUGGCAUCCAUUAUGAUUACGGAGGACAAUAUCACUUUUGCCGCGUGGAACGUGACUGAAAAAGAGUUUUUGGAGAAACUCCCCGUUAAGAGAUUCUAUUGA